AUGGCCACCGUCACCACCAAGACCGGCCAGUCGGUCGACCGCCUGGUCCUCGACUCGAUGCUCCGCCGCCGCAUGUUUUAUACCCCCUCCUUCGAAAUUUAUGGUGGUGUGUCCGGUCUGUACGACUAUGGCCCCCCCGGCACGGCCUUGGUCGCCAAUAUGACCGAGUUGUGGCGCAAGCACUUUGUGCUCGAGGAGGAUAUGCUGGAGGUUGACUGCACCAUGUUGACCCCUCAUGAUAUCCUCAAGACCAGUGGGCACGUGGACAAGUUUGCCGACUGGAUGUGCAAGGACCCCAAGACUGGCGAGAUCUUCCGCGCCGACCACCUGGUGGAGGAGGUGUUGGAGAACCGCCUGAAGGGCGACAAGGAGGCUCGCGGCCAGAAAGUCGAGGUCGACGCCGAAAAGGAAGCCAAGAAGAAGAAGAAGUCCAAGGGCGAGACUAAGGCUGUCAAGCUGGACGAUGCCCUCGUCAAGGAGUACGAGGAGAUCCUCGCUCAGAUCGACAACUUCGAUGGCCCUGCCCUCGAGCAGCUGAUCACCAAGUACGACAUUCGAAACCCCUCCACUGACGGCAAGGUUGAGCCUCCCGUCGCGUUCAACCUGAUGUUCCAGACCUCCAUUGGCCCUAGCAGCAACAUGCCUGGUUACCUCCGACCCGAGACCGCUCAGGGCCAGUUCCUGAACUUCCAGAAGCUGCUCGAAUUCAACCAGCAGGGCAUGCCUUUCGCCUCUGCCUCCAUUGGCAAGUCCUUCCGUAACGAAAUCUCCCCCCGCGCCGGUCUUCUGCGCGUGCGUGAAUUCCUUAUGGCCGAGAUCGAGCACUACGUCGAUCCCGAGGGUGGUAAGAAGCACCCUCGUUUCGCCGAGGUCAAGGACGUCGAGAUGUCCCUGCUGGAUCGCAAUGUCCAGCUGUCGGGCAGCACCAAGACCACGAAGAUGACUAUUGGCAAGGCUGUCGAGACCGGCCUUGUUGACAACGAGACUCUCGGUUACUUCCUUGCCCGUAUUCAGUCUUUCCUCCUCAAGCUCGGUAUUGACUUUGAGAAGCUGCGCUUCCGUCAGCACAUGGCCAACGAGAUGGCUCACUACGCCGCUGACUGCUGGGACGCUGAGUUGCAGACCAGCUAUGGCUGGAUUGAGUGUGUCGGCUGUGCCGACCGCAGUGCCUACGAUUUGACUGUGCACAAGGAUAAGACCGGUGCUCCUCUCGUUGUCCGUGAGACUCGCGCCGAGCCCCUGCGCGUUGAGGAGUGGCAGAUUGACCUCGAGAAGAAGAAGUUUGGUCCCCGCUUCAAGAAGGACGCCAAGACUGUGGAGUCGGCUAUCGAUGCCCUCUCCCAGGAGCUGCGUGAGAAGUUGUCUUUGGACCUCGAGAAGAACGGCAAGAUUGAGAUUGACAUUCAGGGUGUCGGUUCCGGCAAGGUCGAGCUGGAGAAGGACCUGAUCAAAAUUGAGAAGCGCACUCGCGUUGAGAAUGUCCGCGAGUACACUCCCAAUGUCAUCGAGCCGUCCUUCGGUAUCGGUCGUAUCAUGUACAGCAUGAUUGAGCACGUUUACUGGUCUCGCGCCGGCGAUGAGGCCCGCGGUGUUCUCUCCUUCCCCCCAUCCGUCGCCCCCACCAAGGUCCUGCUGGUUCCUCUGUCCACCAACGCUGCCUUCAAGCCCCUGACUCAGAGCCUGAGCGCCAAGCUGCGCCGCAUGGGUGUCUCCAGCCGGGUCGACGACUCUUCUGCCAGUAUCGGCAAGCGUUACGCCCGUAACGACGAGCUGGGAACUCCCUUCGGUGUGACAGUUGAUUUCCAGUCUGUCAAGGACAACACCUUCACCCUGCGUGACCGUGACACGACCAAGCAGGUCCGUGCCAGCGAAGAGGAGAUUUUGCGUGCCAUCAAGUCUCUUGUCGAUGGCGAUGAGACUUGGGCCGAUAUCCUCCAACGCCUUCCCGAGUUCACCGGCCAGGAGGUUGAGUAA